UAUCAGUAGUCACCUUCGUCGUCAUUGGUUAUCUUAUCUGUAUAACGCACAUUCUCAGUGUUCCCUCGGUAGUGUAGUGAGAGCCUUAGACUCAACGCUAACACAACCGCUUCAGUAUUACAGUAAAAAAAUUUUCUUUGAGCAGGAUGUGUAUCAGGUGAAUUCGUCAGCCCUCACAGCCGCAUAGCCUACUGCCCGACUGAUCUUUUGCCUUCUCAGGGGCAUAAAUCAUUGCCACAACGUCCCGGAUCCCCCAUCCCCCCAGCGCCCAUACUUCAUCCACUCUUCCGCUUCAUUUCCGACCCCCAGGGGCCUAAUUACCCGCUCCAGGGACCUAAUUCCUCGCUCCAGGGGGCCCCUAAUUCCCCGUUCCAGGGGUACAAUUCCUCGCUACAGGUGCCCAAUUCUCCUAUUCUGGGAGAGCCCAAAUCUCCGCUACAAGAGCCAACCCCUCCGUCAAGAAUCGACACCUCAGCCUCGGGGCCCGCAUCUGUGUCCUUAAUUGUGGCCACUGCCUCCCUGGGGCCCCCCUACAAGGAGGACCCACGACUCCUUGGUUUUCAAAAUGAGUGACGAUCACAUAUCACUGGUCCAGUGCGCCCAGGGAGGAGACUCUGCCGGCGUGAACGCGGCCCUGGAGAAUGGGGUGGCCGUAGACACAACAGAGAGGGGACGUACAGCUCUUCAUCAAGCUGCCCUCGGGGGACACCUGGACGUCACCAAAGUGCUGCUGAACUGGAAAGCUGACAUGGGCAAGAAAAGCAAAAUGGACGAAGAUAAUGGAGGCACAGCGCUGCACCUGGCUGCUGAGGAAGGACACACAGACGUCAUGAAGUUGCUGUUGGAUGCAGGAGCCAACGUUGAAGCCCUCGACAUCAAAGGCCGCCGAGCGACCCACCGGGCUGCAGCUCGAGGCCAGAAGGAAUCGCUGGAGCUCCUGAAAGCGUACGGAGCUGACCUCAACGCCCGGGACAACGGCAAGGCCACCGCCGUCCACCACGCCGCCUACUCCGGGGACCUCACCCUGGUCAAGUGGCUGGUAGAGAAUGGUGUGUAUGUGGUCCUCAAGGACAAGAACGGUCGCCUGCCCAAGGACGUGGCCAAGAGAUAUGGCCACCAUGAAAUCCACCGCUACCUGAAGGAGUGUAACAGCAAGAGAGGCGCGUUCGGGACGACUAAAGCUCGAAAGAGUAUGAGGGAUUUUUCAAGUCUCCAGAGGCCUGGACGGAUCGAGCAUCCAUCGAUGCCUGAGUCGCUGGUGAUUGACGCACCCAAGAGGAUCUCAGCGUCAUCAGAACCGGAGGAAAUAGGCAAGCAUCGCGAUCUGACGGAUGCUGGCUCGUCACAAGCGGAUCUGCCAGCCGUGGAUGGUACCUCGCUGGUCUCGUCUACCAGGAAGCACUCGGGAGAGGACACAAGACACUCUGAGGGCUCGCUCACGCCACCUGACUCUCCGCCAACACACUUGGAGGAUUCGAGGGUGGCGCCAGAGCCGAGACGGAGAACCUGGAGUCUGAGGUCAUCACGAGGAAGGUCGAGCCUCAAGGGUCACCUCGAUGAACUACAAGAGAUGAAGGACAGACAGGAGGAGGAGCUCGAGUGGAAAAAUAAGGAAAUCUCUCAACUGAAAAACGGCUUAGGUCGCUUGGAAAAUGAAAAGAUGCUGUUGGAGGAGCAGAUGAGAGAGAUGCGACUCCACGUGGAUCACCAACAACAGAAGCUGGUGGAAACAGCGUCUCUUCAUCAGAAGAUUGAACAUCUUUCCCUCCAGAAUGAAGAGUACCAGGACAAGCUGAGGAACACAGAGAGCUCUCAGGCAGACCUGCUGGAGAGAGACGCUGCCAACAAACAUGCCGUCGAUGCCCUCAAGAGGGAGGUCGAGCGACUCACCCUUCAGCUAAGAACCAGCAAAGAAAAUCUUCUACAGACCCAGGAGGCGCUGAGUGCAGCGGAGAUUGCUGCAGUGUCUGCGUCACGGUCAGAUUCCCUUAACAAGGAAGUGGAACAUUUGACUUACAUGCUAAAUGAGACCGGUCAGAGGGCGCUCAGCACCCAGGAGAAACUGGAGCAGAAGAUAGCAGCGCUGAAAGAUCAAGACGAACACAACAGGCAAACCAUCGCCAACUUGACCAAGAAGGUUGAGGAACUACAGGACCUUAAUGACGUUAAAAAGAGUACCAUUGCCGUACUGUCCGAGAAGCUGGUUGAAGCUGAGACAAGGGCUCGCAGCGACCAGGUCAAACUGAGAGUUGCUGAGGACAGGGCAUCCACAAACCAGAAACACGAGGGUAGACUGCAGCAGCUGGAGGAGCAGGAUGCUGCCAACAAGGCCACUAUCGCCUCCCUCAGCACCAAGCUCCAGCAGGCGACGCAGACUAACAAUGAUCGUGACCACAAGACACUCGCCGUUCACAAGCAGCAGCAGAACAGGAUAGAGGAGUUGACGGAAAAGGACGAGACCAACCAGAAGACGAUCUCGGCUCUUACCAGGAACCUUAAUCAACUCUCUCUGAAGUUGAAAGAGAAUCAAGAGAAUCUGGUUUGGUAUCAGGGGGAACUGCAGCAGAAGGAGAGGGAGGUCUCGGAGCGAGAGGCAACCAGCCAGGAGAUCAUUGCUAAGCUUCGUCAGGAAAUGGAACAACUUUCUCAGAAACUGCAGGAAUCUGAGCAGCUUAAAGCGCCCCUCAGCCAGUACGAACGGGGAGGCACGAUGGUGGCCCUUCAGAAACAAGAGGCAGCUAGCAAGCAGACGAUCAAGGCACUGCAAAACAGAAUUCAACACCUGACCAAUAAGUUGACGGACAGUGAAAAAGCUUCCCUAGACGUCCAGCACGAGCAGCUGGAGAAGAUAGCGUCCCUCAAGAAGGAGGUGGAGGAGCUGAAACGAAACAACUCGCCUGCUAAUGUCCAGGACGCGGACGUGAGGACCAUGAUGGAGGAGAACCUGCAGAAGGAUCUCGUCAUUCAAGCACUCAACACGAAGGUCGACGAGUUGAAAGAGGACCUCAAGAAGAACUUCCAGAAUUUCUCCUCCUGGCAGGCGCAACAGCAGGAGAAGGACAGAGAGAUAGAGCAGAGAGAAGCUGAGAGCCACCAUACCAUCACCUCCCUCCGGCAGCAGUUGGACCAAUUAAGUCAACAGCUUUCCCGGGGUCAGCAUCAACAGCAGCAGUUGAAGGGCCAAGAGGGUAAACCAGCAGUCAACUUCAGCAGUCUGCCCGAGCAGGUAAACCACGCUGCCCACACCAACACAUAUCAACCAAGGAGCUUCGUUUAAAUAGGGUGUACCGUCCAGUAUUGUCAGCAACCUCAUCUUUAGGGACUCUACAACUGUUGUGAUAGCGGCGCGUCCCCUACAGGCUGUUGUUGUUGAAGAUUCUCUACAUGGAACAAAAAGUUCCUGGUAGCACGGGCUAUGGUGAGCUCGUAGUGCGUCGACGCAUGCAGAACAACCUUGAGUACUGAAGAUGCGCUGUGAACUUGAAGCCGUGGACAAAACGUCUUGGAGGGGGGAACUCUAGUUUUUUUUUUUUAAGACCUUCAUUUUAUUAACUUCCAUUUAUUCUACUGCCACUACUUCUUCAUUUCCCUUUCUUCACUUCUACUCCACCCCAUUCUACACCCAGUACUCCCCCUAUAUCCUACACCCAGUACUCCACCUAUAUCCUACACCCAGUACUCCACCCUAAUUACACCCCGAAUCCCUUUCUCCCUUGUUGAAAGACAAUGUCGUGGAAUGUGUGGGAGUGGUUACAGUAAUAUUGAC